AUGGUUGAACCAGUGGGCUUUGUGGAGGCAUGGAGAGCCCAGUUCCCAGAGUCUGACCCUCCUGCCAUGGACCUGAAUUCAAUGGGGGAUAUUGAACAGGAGCUGGACAAAUGCAAGGCAUCUAUCAGGCAACUGGAGAAGGAAGUGAACAAGGAGCGCUUUCGGAUGAUCUACCUGCAGACUCUGCUUGCAAAAGAGAGGAAGUCUUAUGAUGGGCAGCGAUGGGGAUUCAAAAGGAUGCCCCAGAUGAGUGACGGGGACAGCCAGAGCUCCCACACAGAUGAGACAUCAGUCGAGGAGCAGCAGCUGAGAGGGCCUGGCAAGACAGCCAGAUGUCAACCACCACAUCCUGAGGGAGAGGUGGAUGGUGCAUCCCCAGCCAAACAGAAAGGUGGGGUGUCACCCGUCCGCCAGGAGUCAGAGAUUCCUGACUUCCCACUGGGAAUGGGCUCGGUGGCAGCUUUGAGGUCCAACUUUGAGCGCAUCAGGAGAGCCAACUCUCACACAGGUGGAGAUGGCAGAGGUUUAUCUGUGAUGGGCGGCCAGGAGAAGCCGUUCUACGUGAACGUGGAGUACCAUCAUGAGCGAGGGCUGGUCAAAGUGAAUGACAGGGAGGUCUCAGACAAGAUCAGCACCCUCGGCUGUCAGGCCAUGCAGAUGGAGCGCAAGAGGUCCCUGCACUCCCUCCCAGGGAACCUGUCAGCCGCCACAGGGGACAUCAACAAGGCUGUUCAGAGAGGCCGAUCCACUGAGGGAAACUGCCGCUACAAUGGGUCAUAUGAUGAUGUUGAGGCCAACCCAAACUUCCUGAAAGACGGUGUGAUCCGUUCUGCUGGGGGAAAGUCUGAGCGGCAGCCAGCAGAGUGCCAGCCUUACACCAGUGUGUAUGUUGGGGGGAUGAUGGCUGAAGGGGACACUCGAGUUAUCAAUAUUAGGGACCACAGCAUAGAGGAGGAUGCGCACCUCACCUGGCCAAGGCGCUCCUACUCUCCUGGCGGCUUUGAUGACGUAGGAGGAGGCUACACACCAGACUGCAGCUCCAAUGAGAACUUAACAUCCAGCGAGGAGGACUUCUCCUCAGGCCAGUCAAGCCAUGUGUCUCCCAGCCCCACCGCCUAUCAGAUGUACAGGGAGAAAAGCCGCUCACCAUCCCAGCACUCCUUUGACAGCAGCAGUCCACCCACACCCCUGUCUCAGAAACGUCUGAAGCAGCAGGUGAUGGUGUCUGAGGCCUCCAUCAUUGGGGUCCGUAAAACGGGCCAGAUCUGGCCCAGUGAUGGGGACUCCACUACAUCCAGCAGGACCUCUCAUGACAACAGUCUUCAAGGAGAUAUGGAGGCUCCCUACAAUGAGACCCCUCCGUCGUAUGCCUAUGACCUGGAGCCCUCAGAUGAUCACCAGACUCGCCACGAUCCUCUUUCCUUCACAGGAUCUCCGUCCUCCUCGCCACGACUCCGCUCCAAGAGCCGGAGCAGCCGAGACACCCAGUCCUCUGGUUCCCUGGAGUCCACGCUGUCGGUGGAGUUGGAUCAGGAGAAGGGGCUGGAGAUGAGGAAGUGGGUUCUGUCAGGAAUCCUGGCCAGUGAGGAGACCUACCUCAGCCACCUGGAGGCCCUACUGAUACCCAUGAAGCCUCUGAGGGCCGCAGCCACAACAUCCCAACCAAUGCUGACCAUCCAGCAGAUAGAGACCAUCUUCUUCAAAGUGCCAGAGCUUCAUGAGAUCCACAAGGACUUCUACGACGCUCUGCUGCCUCGAGUCCAGGACUGGGGCCACCAGCAGUGUGUGGGCGACCUCUUCCAGAAACUGGCCAGCCAGCUUGGUGUGUACCGAGCAUUUGUGGAUAACUACAAGGUUGCUGUGGAGACGGCGGACAAGUGCUGCCAGGCAAACGCUCAGUUUGCAGAGAUAUCUGAGAAUCUCAAGGUCAAAAGCACAAAGGACUGCAAAGACCAGUUGGCUAAAAAUUCACUGGAAACUCUCCUCUACAAACCUGUGGACAGAGUGACGCGCAGCACACUUGUUCUGCAUGACCUCCUGAAGCACACGCCCUCCAGCCACCCGGACCAUCCGCUGUUACAGGAUGCCCUGCGCAUCUCCCAGAACUUCCUGUCCAGUAUUAACGAAGAGAUCACCCCGCGUAGACAGUCCAUGACAGUUAAGAAGGGAGAGAACCGUCAACUGCUGAGGGAUCGCUUCAUGGUGGAGCUGGUCGAAGGUUCCAGGAAACUUCGUCACGUCUUCCUUUUCACCGACCUGCUGCUCUGCACCAAGCUGAAGAAACAGGCUGCGGGAAAAGGGCAACAGUAUGACUGUAAGUGGUACAUCCCACUGGCUGAUCUGACCUUCCAGACCAUUGAGGACUGUGAGUCCACCCCCAUUCCUCUGGUCCAAGACGAGGAGAUCGACGCCAUGAAGAUCAAAAUAUCUCAGAUCAAGAAUGAGAUCCAAAGAGAAAAGAGAACCACCAAAGGAUCCAAAGUGAUCGAGCGACUGAGAAAGAAGCUAUCAGAGCAAGAGUCUCUGCUGCUUCUCAUGUCGCCCAACAUGGCGUUCAGGGUGGCCAACAGAAACGGAAAGAGUUUUACGUUCCUCAUCUCUUCGGACUACGAGCGUGCAGAGUGGAGGGAGAUCAUCCGUGAGCAGCAGAAGAAGUGUUUUAAAAGUUUUUCACUGACCUCUCUGGAGCUGCAGAUGCUUACUAACUCAUGUGUGAAACUUCAGACUGUACACACGAUUCCAAUGACCAUGAAUAAAGAAGAUGAUGAAUCUUCUGGUUUGUACGGGUUCCUAAAUGUCAUCGUCCACUCUGCAUCAGGGCUGAAACAGAGCUUAAACCUUUACUGCUCUCUGGAGGUGGAUUCCUUUGGCUACUUUGUCAACAAAGCCAAAACACGUGUGUACAGAGACUCUACAGAGCCCAACUGGAAUGAGGAGUUUGAGAUUGAACUGGAGGGCUCUCAGACUCUGAGGCUGCUCUGCUAUGAGAAGUGCUGCAACAAAACCAGGCAGAGCAAAGAGGAAGGAGAGAUCACAGACAAGAUCAUGGCCAAAGGACAAAUAAAGCUGGAUGCUCAGACGUUGCAGAAUAAAGACUGGCAGCGAACGGUCAUCGGGAUGAAUGGGAUUGAGGUGAAGCUUUCGAUGAAGUUCACCAGCAGAGAGUUCAGCCUGAAGCGAAUGCCUUCACGGAAACAGUCCGGUGUCUUUGGAGUGAAGAUCAACGUAGUUACUAAGAGAGAGCGCUCCAAGGUUCCCCUUAUUGUGCGACAGUGUGUGGAAGAGAUUGAGCGCCGAGGGAUGGAUGAGGUGGGAAUCUACAGAGUGUCUGGUGUCGCAACUGACAUCCAGGCGCUGAAGGCUGCCUUUGAUUCAAACAACAAGGACGUGUCUGUCAUGAUGAGGGAGAUGGACGUUAAUGCCAUCGCUGGAACACUAAAGCUGUAUUUCCGCGAGCUGCCGGAGCCUCUUUUCACUGAUGAGCUGUACCCAAACUUUGCUGGAGGCAUCGCUCUCUCUGACAGCGUGGCCAAGGAGAGCUGCAUGCUCAACCUGUUGCUGUCUCUGCCGGAGCCCAAUCUGGUGACCUUCCUCUUCCUGCUCGACCACCUUAAAAGGGUAACUGAAAACGAGAGCGUCAACAAGAUGUCUUUGCACAAUCUGGCCACCGUUUUUGGCCCCACUUUGCUUCGGCCGUCUGAAAAAGACAGCAAAAUCUCAAACAGCUCGCAGCCAAUCUCCAUGAAUGACAGCUGGUCUCUUGAGGUCAUGGCUCAGGUGCAAGUACUUCUCUACUUCCUUCAGCUGGAGAGCAUUCCAACACCUGACAGCAAACGUCAAAGCCUUCUCUUCUCUACUGAAGUAUAAGAGGAACAACAUGCACCUACAUGUUCAUAAAUGUUCUGUUCAGAGGCAGAAUGUUAGCUGCUUGACGUGGUGGAUGCUGCUGCGCUGCCAUGGCUGGCUGGCUUACUCAGAGGAUGCUUCAUGUAGCCACCAGGUGGAACCAUCAACACGUGAAGGAGAGAACAGCCACCAUGACCAAAGCUUCUGCUGAAGAUGUGACAAGCGUGUGUGUUCUGUUUACUUCCAAGCUUACCUGCUGUGUCAGAAAAAGACCCUUAUGAUAUACGGACAGAAUAUAUCAUUCCUUUUUAAUUUAAUUUAAAUGACAAAAAGCAUUAUUUACUGUAAUUUUUCAUGUUUCCCACUGCCCCGUUCUGUCACUGUGCACAUUAGCUCCAUAUUCACAGAGGGGUUUUUCUGCUGUAGUUGCGUUUUAUACAAUGUGUUUCUGUGAAUGGAUGAUGGAUGGAUGGUUGGAUAAAUGGGCGUAUGUUUUUUUUGUGUGUCUUUACACGUUUUUGUUUUUUUUCCCCUGGAAAUGUUUGACUUGGUUGAAAGCUCACCUGUGCCAAUGUUUCCCUGCUGAUGACCAAUAAACAUUUCAGUUACCCUAAUGUUUACACACACAUACACUCUUAAUUUUGUACAGAAUAUAUAAGUACGAGACUUAAAACUGUAGUUAACACACAGCAACAUGCAGGCAUGUUGACCGAAGCGUUUCAAGUGUUUUGUUACCCGUGCUGUAUGGCCUCUCUGGUGGUGUCCGAGCCAGUGUUCGUGUGGAUUUGAGUGCUUUUGUUUUUUGGAGGUGGUACAGAGAAGUGAAAGGCAAGUCAUUCCAGGAAAAGGCGAGGCCUGAAUCUUCCACCCAUGGAAUGUAUACCGGAUUGUGUAUCAUUUUAAUUUCACAGUUGUCUUUUGUCCAUAUCUCAUAUGUUUUGAUUCCACAGUGUUUUUUGGCUUCUGUCUGAUUUGUCUCACUCAGUUAAAGAUGCUGUUUAUGUGUUACUCCCUGCUUUCCUUAACUGUAGUAAACAUGUAAAGGACAAAACCACACUGCAGUAGAAAUAAGAACACCUAGUGAUGAUCUGAAACACUAAAGGUUUCCAAAUAGGGCAGUUGAAGCACAGUCACUCAUAUCCAAAUUUCCUGGUUUAUUAACAAGUGUAUCAUCAACAUACAUACCUAGCAUACCUACCUUUUAAAGCCAUGUGAAAGUACACCGCAUUGUGCUUGCAUUAAUAUUCUUUUUUCCAAAUCACCUCAAGUAUUCAAACACUUGUUAGCACAAACUAUAACCCUAAAGGCUUGUGAUCUAUGUAAAUUAUUAAGCAAUAACUCUUAGUGGUUCUUAGGACGAGCAAUGACUUGUAGGUCUUGUAUGUAUGAUUUAUGUAAAUAAAACUUGGUAAUAUUAA